AUGCCGCCAUUCAACGACCCCACGCCCCUCAUUUCCUCCUUCAAGGAGAAAGUCGAGUGCGCGACGGGCCAAGGCGACAGGCUUUACUUGGGGACCGCGACUGGGAGUUUGUAUGUGUAUGGGGUGGAAUAUGAGCCAGUUGAGGGCAAGGAGGCGGCGACGCUCGUCGAGUGCAAGAAGAAUAUAUCGCGACGAGCGAUAGAGCAAGUCGCAUUCAUCAAGGACGUGAACUCGGUCGCUAUACUCUCGGAUUCGACGGUUACUCUCCUCCCCCUGCCCUCCUUUGCUCCGCCUACCCCCCUCGUCAAGGCCAAGGGCGCGCUAUCCUUCGCGGUCAACACAUCCAUACAACAUCUGCAGCCAUAUGGCAAGCCGGUAGACUCGGACGCGGGCAAGAGCCCGAAAGCCAUACCCACUCUGAUCACCCAACUCGUCAUUGGGUGCAGGCGACGCGUCGUCAUCUAUAGCUGGAGAGACGGAGACGCGCAGGACACCAAGGAACUUGUACUUCCUCACUCUCCGCGAGCGAUGGCCUUCCUGAACCCUGAUGUCGUCUGCUUUGGCUACUCCCCCACGGAAUACGCCACCUUCGACAUCCCCGCGAUGACCGUCACCGAUAUCUCCACCCCACCACCUCCACAGCCAUCUACAACUACUGCCAUGGGCGUCGGCGCCUUCACCGGCUUGUCAGGCUACAUGGCGCUCGCACUGGGUGCGAGACAGAAGCCCGAGGUCCUGCAGGUCGCGGAGAACGAGGGACUGAUCACAAAGGAUACCGAGGGUAUCUUUGUUGGGCCUGAGGGCAAGGUGACGAGGCCAUCCACGAUACAGUGGCCGACGUCGCCGGAGGACAUCGCCUACGUGAAGCCCUAUAUUUUCUGCUCAUUCCCCGCCGGCACUGUCCCCGACCGCGCCUCGCCAAUCAAUACGACGCAGCAGUUUCACCAGACCUCCGUUGUCCAGCUCUACUCCGCGCUCUCUAUGCAAGCCGUGCAGACCGUGCCAUACCCAUUCGCUGCGCCAGAGUCUACUUCUACAUCCACCCUCGCCUCUACAUCUACGUCCCCCACCAAAGCCUCCGCAACGUCAACUGCCACCAUCCCGAACGCCACCCUCCGCCUCCUCACUGCCCCGCCGCAGCCCAAGUCGACAUCCAAGUCGCCAUUACUGCUUGCGCUCUCGACACCCACGGACAAGGCCGCGGCAGCGGCUGAGGGCAGCACGGUAUGGCAGUUCCGCAUGAAGCCGUGGGCGCAGCAACUGGACGAGUUGGUGAUUGAGGGGGAGUAUGCGAGCGCGCUAGCACUGUUGGAAGAAGUCGAAGAUGGUGUCCUGGAUGACAAGCCUCAACGCUGCUCGCUCAUCAAAGCCCUCAACGCCGUCGCACAGUUCAAGGCCGGCCAGUACGAUGAUGCGAUCCUAGCCUUCCUGAGCCUGGACGUGAACCCAGCGAAGGUUGUCGCACUGUACCCGCCGGAGAUCUCUGGGCGUCUGGCGGUGCCCAGAGAGGAGUGGAUCCCGCUAUUCGGUGGGCCGGAGAGUCCGUCGUCUAGCGCUGGGGAAACGAAGUCGACAACGGGGGACGCAAAGUCGAUGACGGGGACGACAGGGUCGGGUGGUGAGGGUACGACUACAUCGACGAUCCCGCCCACGUCUUCCUCGGAGUCUUUGGCGCAGCAGGCGGCGGAAAAGCAGGCGCCUGCGGGGCACGCGAGGAAAGCAAGUGUGGCGACAGAGUCGAGGUUAGAGAGCGUGAAGAGGCGGUUGAGGCCAGCAUCGAUUCUGGGUAGUGACGAUGAUGACACGGCGUCCAUCCGCAACGACCUUCGCCGCUCCGUCGAUGCCCUCAUGCGCUACCUCUCUGACCGCCGUGCUAAAGCAGCAGCAGCCCUUCACGCUCUCCACAUCGACUCCCAGCAGGACGGCAUCACCCCCCUCUCCGAGGCCUCCCUCGACGAGAUUUUCUCCCUCCCCAACGCACCCUUGAGCAGCUUGACGCCUGAACAAUUGGUCCGCUUUGCGCAGAUCGUGGACACCGGCCUGUUCAAAUCGUACCUGCUGAUCCAGCCAGCGCUGCUGCGCCCGCUGUGUAGUCGGCCGAAUUGGUGCGAGGUGACGGAGGUGGAGGAGGAACUGAGGGCACGGAAGAAAUUCGUGGAGCUGAGGUCGUUGUACUACGGCAAGAGGAUGCAUGGGAAGGCGCUUGACUUGUUGCGGCAGUUGGGCGAGGAGGAAGACGAUAUGGAGACCAAGCUUAUGCCCUCGGUCGACUACCUCGCAAGAUUGGGCCCAGAGUACAUGGACUUGAUAUUCCGAUACUCACGAUGGAUAUUCGAGCAGGACCGUGACAUUGCCUUCCAGAUCUUCACAUCGGAAGAGGUCGAGCUCCCUCGGCAGGCCGUUGCCGACUUCCUGCAGAGCAUCGGACCCGAGGUUUGCGCACGGUUUAUCGAGUACAUCAUCGACGAAAGAGGGGAAGAGUCGCCGCUAUUCCACGACAGGCUGGCGGAGCUGUAUCUGCAACUGACGAUGGGCGCUCGGAAGCGCGGCGAUGAUGCUGCACGCUCAGAGGCCUAUAACAAGCUGCUGGCAUUCCUUGACAAUACCCACCACUAUCGCGUCGACAGGAUAUACUCGCUGCUGUCCGGGACUGACCUGUACGAAGCACGAGCAAUUCUUCUUGGCCGACUAGGCAGACACGACCAAGCCCUCGAGCUAUACGUGUAUAAAUUACAGGACUACAUCAAGGCAGAAGAGUACUGCAAACGGAUCUACGCAUCCAACCCCGGCAGCACCAUCUUCCUCACCCUCCUCCGCAUAUACCUCCGACCACGAGAUCCCAGCAACACGCACCUCCUUGCACCCGCCCUCGACCUCGUCGGUCGACACGGUCCCCGACUAGACCCGCUCGCCGUACUUGAGCUGGUUCCACCAUUGGUGACUGCGCAGGACAUUCGACCAUUCCUCAUCGAUGCCCUCCGCGCGCCCUUGUUUGAUUCGCACGUCGUGCGGCAUAUUCAUAAGGCGCGCAGCGAGCAGGUGGCGAGGAAGCUGAUGUCGCUGCAGUCGAGGAGAGUGAGGAUAACGGAUACGUGGACAUGUCCGAAUUGCCACAAGCGACUGGGGAACACGGUCAUCGCGGUACAUUCGCCAAGAGGCGAGGUUACACAUUAUCAUUGCAGGGAGGCAUUCUCGAAGAAACUCAGAGAGAUGCGACCGACGACAUGA